AUGCCCAAUCUCAAAAUUGUUGCCGCUGCCGUUGAAACCCAGCCCAAGACCCUGGCACCUGGGAUUACAAAACCAACCAAAACGGAAGCAUGCAGAUGCACACAGCCUCAAAUCGAGUCCCGUCUGCAUAGAGGUUUGGCUAUAUUCGCAACACAGCUUUUCACGCGCGGUGUCACACGAUCUGUCGUGCUUUCUGCGUCGACAUCGCCCCCUGACCGGUAA